AUGCAGUACGACAGUAUCAAAGCUCUGGAUGAAACGUUGUUAGCAGAGCUUGAUGAUAUGCUGUCGUUUGAAAAAGAUUCACUAAACGAGUUGCAUAUGAUGCUGACGUUUGAUAUUCCAUCGCUACUGGACGAGAAUAUAAUGACAGACAUUGCAGUAAAGCCGCUCACGAUGAAUCGAUGUAGUAGUGGAAAAAUGAGACCGAUCAUGAAGUCGUCGGUCAAGGGCAAAGACGUACGUAGUGCUCCAUACUCGAAACCAAACAAGUCAUGUCGACGCAUUCGUCCAAAAGACGAACUGAGUUAUCUGCGUGCAAAGGUGGCUGAUAUGGAAGAGAAGCUGCAGUCCUUGCAGACAACUGCAUACAUUGGAUCUACUGUUCAACCAGAAGUGCCUUGGACCAGAAGUGCCGGUGAGUCUGGCUGUUCACAGGAUGCACUGAAUUGGAAGAAAAAAUGCUGA